GCUUCGUUUUCACGUUUUGUUUUCAUAUUAUUCGUCUCCAUGGUUCAGUUUCUUGCGACUCUUUGCGCGGUCAACUUCGUCGAUCGGACGGGCAUGCGCGUGCGUAUAACUCGUAUCUGAAUAAUCACAAGAGUAGGAAAUCGAGGCAGAAGAAAAAACCCGUCUCGCUAUAUUCGUCGACCGUGUUGUUGGUGUCUAUCUGUGUCUUUUGUCAAUGUUUUUAACGCAACUCCACUCCAGGGGCAGCCAAAUCGCCUUUCUUCUGAAAAUUUCUUGAAUAUAAUACGAAAAUCGUAUGGAAAAUUGAAAAUAUUGUGAGUGUUGUGUGCAAAGUGAAGCUAUCGGCGAUCGCAGAUGCGAUUUAAUUGUCUGAAGAAUCAGAAACACGCGCAUUACUCGACUCCCCUGCUUAUCAGGCACAUGCCGUUAUUAUUUAAUUUACCAACUGCCUUUUACAAUCUAUUCGCCGCAAAAGUUGAAUGGAAUAAAGUUUAGUAUUUUAUUUUGCACGAAACGUGACGCUAAAUGAACAUGUUAAUACUGAAACUUCCCAAAAUGCCCAGCCAACUGUGGCUUCUUCUGAUUCUAUCGCUCUUAACCCUAGAAGGCCCACAGCCCUCGACGGGCAGUGGUUACAAGACGGAUCCGAGUGCGGAGUUACUGGAAAACGAUUCGCGAUACAUCUCAUAUCAAGAUUUAAUGUCGACGGCCAAACGAUUUUACGAUCCCGAAACGACCUGGUACUCGGAAAUGCUGUUCGACGUGGCCAGGAACCAAGUGAUCGUCGGCGCCAGGGACACCCUGUACCGCAUGUCGUUCGACCUGGAGCCGCUGGAGCGGGCCAGCUGGGCGGCCACGCCGUCGGAGAUCGCCAUGUGCCAGUUAAAAGGCCAGUCGGAGCGCUGGUGUCGCAACUAUGUGCGCGUGCUCCACAGCUACGGUGAGAACCAGCUGUACGCGUGUGGGACGAACGCCUUCCAGCCGAGCUGUUCGUGGCGCCAGAUGGACAACCUCACAGUCAUCGGCGUGGACAGCGGCCUGGUCAAGUGUCCAUUCCAUCCGCAGGCGAACAGCACCAGCCUGCUGCAGGCCAAUGGCCAACUCUUCGUGGGCAUCGCCACCGACUUCUCGGGCAGCGAUGUGGCCAUUCUGCGCACAGGAGUGCAGUCCAAUGAGCGUUUCCUCCGCACCAAGCAAUACAAUAACAACUGGCUGAGUGGAGCCCAAUUCGUGGGAAGCUUCGAGGCUGGCCACUUUGUCUACUUUUUGCUGCGCGAGUCGGCCGCCGAGCACAUGAGUUGUGGCAAGGUGAUAUACUCCAGAAUUGCUAGGGUGUGCAAAAAUGAUGUGGGCGGCGGUGGUCAGCUGCUACGGGACAAUUGGACAUCCUUCCUGAAGGCGCGUCUCAACUGCUCACUGCCUGGCGAAUAUCCUUACUAUUUCGAUGAGAUCCAAGGCAUGACCUACGCCGAAUCCGAAUCCAUUCUCUAUGCCACCUUCAGAACAUCGGGAUCCAGCAUAUUCGGCUCUGCUGUGUGCGCCUACAACCUGAGCUCCAUUAACGCGGCAUUCGAUGGACCCUUCAAGCAGCAGGAGCACGCGGAUGCGGCCUGGAAGACGGUCAAUACGAAUCAGCGGAGUCAGUUCCAGUGCGGCACGAGUAGUAUUGGUAGUAGUAUUGGCCACUGGCUGGAGAGCUCGCGCUAUCAGCUGAUGGAUGAGGCAGUGCAGCCAAUCGGGGCAGCGCCUUUGUAUCACUCCAAGCUGGAACAGUUCGGCCGCCUUGCGCUGGACAUUGUAAACACAAAGACGGAACAGGUCCAUGUGCUCUUCGUAGCCAGCAGUGGGAAUCACAUCAAGAAAUUGGCCGUAAAGUACGGUGGCCAAGGAGUUCAGACAUGUCUGGUGGAGCUGUGGCAGGCGGACGAUACUGGAACCAGCAGCCUGCUGAAUAUGGCCUUUUUGAAGGUCAGCGGCUCACUCUAUCUGGGCACCGACCUGGCCCUGACCCGGAUACCCGCCCACCACUGCAGUCGCCAUGUGUCGCAGUCCAGUUGCCUGAAUUCCAUGGAUCCCUACUGCGGCUGGAACGAGCUGGUCGAGCGCUGCAUGCCCCAGCCACCGGAUUCCUCUGUACUGCAGCACUGGCAUCAGGCGCCCCAGAUCACCUGUCCUGUGCUGAAUGCCCCCAUCGAUGGCGGCUGGUCCACCUGGAGUCCCUGGGCCGCUUGCCAGCAGCACGAGCAACCGGAUAGCAACUGCCAGUGCCGACAGCGCAGCUGCAACAAUCCACAGCCACAACAUGGAGGCGCCACCUGCGAGGGCAUCAGCACCCAAGUGACGAACUGCACGCAGCACGGAGGAUGGACGGAGUGGUCAGCAUGGUCGCCCUGCUCUCAGACCUGCGGCAUUGCCGUGAAGAUCCGGCGACGCACCUGUGGGAAUCCGCGUCCGGCGUUCGGCGGGCGCACCUGUGUGGGGUCAGAGCAGUCGGAGAUGUACUGCCGCCACUUGCCACCGUGUCCGGUGGCCAAGCCGCAGUCCGUGGAUGGCGGAUGGGGACCGUGGGGCGAGUGGAGCGAGUGCAGUGCCCAGUGCGGCGGUGGCUUCCGGAUGCGUCGACGGGAGUGCAACGAUCCGGCUCCACUCAACGGUGGAAUGGAGUGCCCUGGGUGUCGGCUGGACUACGAGGAGUGCAACAUGCAGAGCUGUCAGGAGGUGCGCAAGCUCAGUGCCUGGACACCCUGGCUAACGGUUACCGGCAGCGGAAACUCCAGUGAAUCGCACACGGAGAGGCGGUUCAGGUACGUCUGUCGCGCCACCAGUCCGGAUGCCAGUUCCGUCAGAGUUGGCCUGGCCAAGGAGGAGUCGCGCAAUUGUCAUGCUGAUGGCAGCUGCCAGCGGCAGGGUGAUCACGAUUCCGCAGAAUCCGAUGCGGCGGACUGGUCCCCAUGCAGCGUAAGCUGCGGUGGUGGAGUCCAGCAGCGCCAUCGAGGUCGUGGAAGCCAGAGCCGGGUAUGCAAUAUACACGCCUGUCCGGCGGAUGAACAGCUGAGUGGCAAUAGCCUGGACAACGAGGUGGAGCACGGCGAGUGGGGCUGCUGGUCAGAGUGGUCUGCCUGCUCGGUGACCUGCGGAUUGGGACUACGCCGGAGGACACGUCGUUGCCUGGCGGGUCACGACAGGCUCUGCCAGGGUCGUGCUCUCGAGGAACAGAAGUGUGAAAUGGUGCCUUGCGAAGAUUUCCUGGGUUGGAGCGCCUGGAGCGAGUGGUCCAGCUGCUCCAGCGAUGGCAUCCGACUGAGGCAUCGCCGCUGCCUGGUGGAGCAGCCCGGCUCGACGGAGUGCCGUGGUGCGGAGUUUGAGAAAACCGCCUGUGUGCCCAAUGAAUGCGAGGAAAGCCAAACUGCUUCAACUGCCACGCUGCCCAUCGUAAUCUUCGCUUGCCUGCUAUUCACUGUGGCCUGCUGCCUGGCCACCUACAGAUUCACCAAGAAACGAUUCCUGAUCAGUGCUGAGGAGGCAUUGAACAAAACCACGACGACAACAGCCAGUUUCGACACCUACCCCAACCAGUAUUCCAGUCUGCCCACCAAGGAUUACUACGAUCAGCGUCCCAAGCGGCAGUCCAGCUUCAGGAUGCCGGCCAAGACGAGUAAUUUGGGCAACGGCAAUGGCACCCUAAACCGGAACAACAUGCACCAAAAUAAUACGCCCAAAGUUCUGGCCAAAACCUAUAUCGACUGCGAAUCUGGAACGAUGAAACGACAAUCGGCGCUGAACAAUUGCCGGAGCAAUAUCGACGAUGAGAAGUUCUAGGGAACCAGGGUUCUUCGAUAUCCAAAAGUGCCAUCUAUUGACUAUGGAAAUGUUACAACGAGAGACAAGUUUUAUUUUUGCGCCAAAGCUAUGCAGAUGCAAAAUGUUCCUUGACUGACUCACAUUGAGUCGUUUGGUUAAGCUGAUUGAGGUGGUUAUCGACCUAAGUAGUUAUAGCAUGUAAUCUGUAGCACAUUAAGUUACCCUACAACUAUGUUCAAAAAGUAUUUCAGUUGGUUCCCAAAAUUUCAGAGUUCGGAAAUCCGUAAAUGUAUUUCUACUUUUACUUUUAGUAGUGUUGAUACUGUCAUUUAAAAUUGUUGUAUAAAUCCCGUAAGC